GCCAUCCCAAGCCUUAAAGGGGAGAAGAAACGAGAGCUGUUGGAUGAGCUCGUUGAGUUUCUGUUCGGCGGUCGGCGCCUUCACUCGGGUGUUAUCCUUUUGAGAGUAUAGUAUUCGGUAGCGGAGGAUCGUAAAUGGGGAAGAAAACCAAGAAGCCAGGAAAAGGCAAAGAGAAAACAGAGAGGAAAACAGCCAAAGCUGAGGAGAAGAGAGGUCGCAGAGAAUCCAAGAAGCUUUCCCCUGAGGACGAUAUCGACGCCAUUUUGUUAAGUAUACAAAAAGAGGAGGCCAAGAAGAAGGAAGUUCACAUUGAGGAAAAUGUCCCUGCACCUUCACCUCGAUCCAACUGUACCCUAACCAUUAAUCCACUCAAAGAGACAGAGUUGAUACUUUAUGGUGGUGAAUUCUAUAAUGGUAGCAAGACAUUUGUGUAUGGUGAUCUUUACCGGUAUGAUGUGGACAAGCUGGAAUGGAAGUUGAUUUCAAGCCCUAAUAGUCCACCUCCUUGUAGUGCUCAUCAGGCUGUUACUUGGAAGAAUUAUCUCUAUAUCUUUGGUGGUGAAUUCACAUCCCCAAAUCAAGAGCGUUUCCACCAUUACAAGGACUUUUGGAUGCUGGACCUGAAAACAAAUCAAUGGGAACAACUGAACUUGAAAGGAUGUCCAAGUCCUCGUUCAGGCCAUCGAAUGGUCCUAUACAAGCACAAGAUUAUUGUUUUUGGUGGCUUCUACGACACUCUUAGAGAAGUAAGGUAUUAUAAUGAUUUGUAUGUCUUCGACCUAGAUCAGUUCAAGUGGCAAGAAAUAAAGCCUAAGCUUGGAGCCAUGUGGCCAAGUGCCCGAAGUGGCUUUCAGUUUUUUGUGUUUCAAGAUCAGAUCUUUUUAUAUGGCGGCUACUCCAAAGAAGUAUCCUCUGAUAAAAAUGGUUCUGAGAAAGGAAUUGUUCAUUCAGACAUGUGGUCUCUUGAUCCUAGGACUUGGGAAUGGAACAAGGUAAAGAAAAAUGGGAUGCCUCCUGGGCCUCGUGCUGGGUUUUCCUUGUGUGUUCAUAAAAAGCGUGCUUUGCUUUUCGGUGGAGUAGUAGAUAUGGAAAUGGAAGGUGAUGUAAUGAUGAGCUUGUUCUUGAAUGAACUUUAUGGCUUCCAAUUAGAUAACUAUCGCUGGUAUCCCUUGGAGCUGCGGAAGGAAAAGUCAACCAAAGAUAAGUUAAAAAAGGGUGCUGAACAAAAUCAUAGUGCUUCUGAUCUUGAUAAUAAGGUGAAUGAGUUUACUGCAAGUGAUGAUUAUGAUCCAGCGUAUGAUGAAGAAAGAGGUGAGGAAGAAGGAGGUGAUGUAGAAAGCAGAAUUGAUGAAGUAUCUCAAGACAUGGCAACAAACAUGACAGUUAAUGACUGUGGGUCAAUGGCCAAAUCUGCUCCAAAGCCUCAACAAUCUAAAGCUAAAUCUGAUUUUCAAACUUCUUGUUCACCGGAGAUUGUAAAGCCCUGUGGACGUAUAAAUUCCUGUAUGGUUGUCGGGAAAGAUGCUUUAUAUAUUUAUGGGGGCAUGAUGGAGAUUAAAGAUCAAGAAAUCAUACUUGAUGAUCUCUACUCGCUUAAUCUUAGCAAACUCGAUGAAUGGAAGUGCAUUAUACCGGCAUCUGAAUCUGAAUGGGUGGAGGCCUCAGAAGAUGAAGAAGAAGAUGAUAGUGAAGAUGAUAUUGAAGAUGAAGGUAACAGUGGUAGCAACAGCGGGGACACUGAUGAUGAUGAAGAUGCUGAGGCUGAGAAUGAUGCUUCUGGAUCUCUUCAAAUGGGGGAUGCCGUUGCUUUAAUAAAGGGUGAAGGAAAGACUCUAAGGAGGAAAGAGAAACGGGCCAGGAUAGAACAGAUAAGAGCUAAUCUUGGCCUUUCAGAUGCACAGCGAACACCAAUGCCUGGAGAAUCCUUGAGGGAUUUCUAUAGACGAACAAGUUUGUAUUGGCAAAUGGCAGCGCAUGAACAUACUCAACAUACUGGAAAGGAGCUUCGUAAAGAUGGUUUUGAUCUGGCUGAAGCUCGAUACAGAGAAUUAAAACCACUUCUUGAUGAGUUGGCUGUAUUGGAGGCAGAGCAGAAGGCUGAAGAAGCAGAAGGGCCUGAGACUAGUUCAAGAAAAAGAGGAAAGAAGAAAAUUUAACAUUGUAGUUGCCUAGCUAACAACUUAAGCAGUCCAGUGAUAAUCUCUCAUACAAAUGGAGCAAGAGUUGGUUUGAAAGAAGGGGAAAAAACAACGUUGUAGCUGCCUGGAGAGGGAUGGAUGGUGUUUGAAAGUUUUGAGUUUAUCUAUAGAGAACUGAAGAAGUCACUUAAUUGUACUCAUAAAAGCAGUUUUGAACCAGUAGUUUCCAUUUGGCCGAAGUGCAAAUGGGCCCCUCAACUUACAUUGUUGUGAAUGGACAGCCUCUCAACUGUUUUUUGCUGGUAAAUCAGCCCCUAAACCUGUCUCUCGCAACAGAAUGCCCCUUUUUUAAUUUCUAUGUGCCUCUAUAAAUUCAAAGGUUUUGC